CUCUCAAAAUUGGCUUCUUCUUUUUCUCCUCCUUUUGCUCCACUCUCACUCAGAGAAACUUAGAUGCUGCAAACCGUAAUAAUUUGAUCUAUUCCCGCAAUCUCGCAGUAACAAUUUAAACAAUUAUCGAUCUCCUCGUUUUUUUCUUCCGCUGAAUGAAAUUGAGAAGCAAUGAAGAAUGCAGCACAAGCUUGGUUCUCGGGAGGAUCGGUAUACGAAGAGGAAGUAGGUCAAAGUUCAUCUUCAUCUAUUCUCGCUGAUUGGAAUUCUUAUGCUGCUUCAAGAGAAUCCGAAGAUUCUUCUGGUUUAGGUUUUGACAUCGAAGCUGCUGUUAAAACCGCAAAUGAUAAAGUCACUGGUGGCUUCAGUUUGUUUUCUAAAGGAGCGAAGGAUUUGUCGGGGAGUUUUCACUCAGCCACUAGUAAUGUUCCUUCAGGGAAAUCUCUCAUGUACUUCGGGCUGCUCCUAGGGGCUGGAGUAUUUUUUGUUUUCAUUGCGUUCACCAUGUUUUUACCCGUCAUGGUGCUGAUGCCUCAGAAGUUCGCUACCUGCUUUACCAUUGGCUGCGCCUUCAUUAUAGGAUCAUUUUUUGCUCUUAAAGGGCCAAAAGAUCAGCUGUUACACAUGACAACCAGAGAAAGACUUCCUUUUACACUGGGGUUCUUUGGCAGUAUGGUUGGUACAAUUUACGUAUCAAUGGUGCUUCACAGUUACAUUCUCUCUGUAUUAUUCUCAGUAUUGCAGGUACUUGCACUAUCAUAUUAUGCACUAUCUUACUUCCCAGGAGGUUCGGCUGGACUGAAGUUCCUUACUUCCACUCUUACCUCUUCAAUAUUGAGGUGUUUUGGCAGGUGAUAUCAUGUCUCUUUGAGAGUUUUAAGAAAAAAUUCCUGGAGUCACCCUCUGAGUCAAUUACAGGAGCAUCACCGUGUUAUGAGAUGUGCUUAGCUUAUAUCAAUAUUUUUGUUAGAAAUUUGUCGCUUACAAAUGCACUCGCAUGUUAACUUCUAACACCUCAGAAAAGGAAAUGUUCCAACUGUAAAUGGUUAUUAACCUUUGGAUAAGCAUCCAAGUUUUAUAUGGAUUUUUGCAUACAUAUGAAGACUUGCUUUGAAUUGC